AUGAGAACUGCCGGGCUGGGAAAAAUGUCAGAACAGUGGCGAGCAGAAAUUCGAGGAGAAAAGGACAAAGCUGAUAGAUGGGAACAGAAAUUCCAAGAAAUGCAGAGGCGAAACGAGGCUUUAGAAAAGAGUUUGUCAGAAAGCCAAAAGGAAAAGGGCGAGUUAAAGGAUAGGAUGAUCAUGUUGGAAGGAUCUCUUCGUCAGUAUCGAAAUCGAAAUUCCGCAAUAGAGUUGAAAGCAAGCUUGAGCAAGAUUGAGGAAAUGAAGCAAAGAAUCGAAGAGCUAGAAACGGCGUUGCAAAAUUGUGAAAACCAGAUCAAGCACUUGGAAGCAAAUGAAAAUCGUAAUAAGGAACAGCUACACUACUUUCAAAACCAAGUUAGGAGAAGAGGUCAUAUUAUGGAGGAAGCUGUGGUCCAGAUCCGAGAAGUAGCUGAUCACGUACAAGCUUUGGUAGUACAAGCGAGACAUAUUUGA